GAUAACCAGGUGACUUGUGUUAUUAGUUAUUUUAUAAAUGCUUUCUCAUUUAAGCACAAAAAGAUUUCACUUUUUAACCAAAAGGAUCCAAUCUGGUGAUUGUUUGGCUAAGAUGGAUGUUAUUUAGCAUUUUUCUUUUAAGAAAAAUCAGCCAAAUGACCCUUACGUAUUAUCGCCUUAAUAACAUGUGUACUCACAUUUGCCCCUUAUUGUGAAUUUGUGAUCCUGCUUAGCAUUGUGAAUGGGGACUGCUUGUAGAUCAUUCUACUCCCCAGUGCUAUUUUGUAUGUUUGGCGUUCCAGAUUCUCACUGCAAUUUGAUUCUUGUUUCUUCUCUGAUUGUCAACUUUAAUAAGCAUCAAUUUGAUGCUUAUUGCUUGUUGAAUAAGUAUUGCAAAACAUGCUCUAUAGUUCUAUUUGCAUCCCCCCAUUCCUUAUGUUUCCUUGUAGUGACACACUAAUACCAGUCAGUGUAUCAUACUCUCGUCGAUGCCUAUGUUGAGCAGAUUUUCUUGUUUCUUCCGCUGUUGCUGAAUUCAAAGGACCAGAUAUAUUUGGUGUGGUUCGCCUUGCUCAAGUGAGUAUGGAAGUGGCUAGGAUAGAAGCCAACUUUACCGGACUGUCACCUGGAAGAAGACACAGUUGGUCAAUCAAUCAAUAUGGCGAUCUGACGCGUGGUGCAGCCAGCACUGGCAAAGUUUACAAUCCAACCGCCUCCACCGGGAAAGAGGCUCUGGGUGCCCUGGGAACACUGGAAGCCGAUGAAAAGGGAGAGGCAUUUUAUUCUGGGGUGAAAGAGAAGCUGAGAAUCGGCGAUCUGAUUGGGAGGGCAAUCGUUGUGUAUGAAAGUGAGGACAGAUCUUCAGGUCCUGGGGUUCAAGCAGCAGUGAUAGCUAGAAGUGCUGGAGUUGGUGAGAAUUACAAGAAACUUUGCACCUGUGAUGGAACUACUAUCUGGGAAGCCACCAGCAAUCUAUAAGAGUGAGCUUCUUCUUUCUCAUUAUGGAGUGAGUACAUUGAACACAACACAAUACAUAUAUGUUAUUCUGUCUGUAUGAUUCACAUUACUUAAAUAUAUAUUGUACGGAAUAAAAAAACAUAUAUUAUUCCUCCAAUGUUAAAACUCUUUUGUGUUGGGAAUAUAUGUCAUAUUUGAUCAACCAUUGGAGGGUAACCUAACCAUAG